CAGAGGGAGAGAGAGACUUAAAAGAAAUAGGAGGGGCUUGUGAGAGACUAGAAAUGUCAAUCAGAGCCCAGAGUCCCAAUAAUCUCAGGCAAUCUGUUAGGACCUGACCUAGGUCCACUCAGAUCAAUAGGAAAAGUGAGAGAAGAAAGAAGCGAUCGGAUCGUUUACCGCGGCGGCCGAGGACAGGAGGGAGCCCGCGGCCUCCGCGCACCCCCGGCUCCCCCCCAUGUCUGCCGGAGUUCGCGGGAGGCGCUGAAAGUGCGGGCGGCCGGCGAGGGCGAGCGACCCGGCUCCCUCCUCCGCUCCCGGCCCUGCUACUUUCUCCCCUUUCUCUCCCUUCUUCCUCUCGUCUCCCCCCCCUCCUCUUCCUCCUCCCCCCUCCCCUGCCCCGCUCCCCCACCAUGUCUUUCCCCCAGCUGGGCUACCAGUACAUCAGGCCGCUUUACCCGGCGGAGCGCCCGGGGAGCGGCGGCUCCCGCGGCGGCGCCGAGCUGGCCCCGUCCGGGACCCUCUCCAACGUGCUCUCCUCCAUGUACGGCGCGCCCUACGCCGCCGCCGCCGCCGCCCAGGGCUACGGAGCCUUCCUGCCCUACGCCGCAGAGCUGCCCAUCUUCCCCCAGCUGGGCGCCCAGUACGAGCUGAAGGAGAGCCCGGGGGUGCAGCACGCCGCCUUCCCCCCCCACCACCCUGCCUUCUAUCCCUACGGGCAGUACCAGUUCGGGGACCCGUCGCGGCCCAAGAACGCCACUCGGGAAAGCACCAGCACCCUCAAGGCCUGGCUCAACGAGCACCGGAAAAAUCCCUACCCCACCAAGGGCGAGAAGAUCAUGCUGGCCAUCAUCACCAAAAUGACCCUCACCCAGGUCUCCACCUGGUUCGCCAACGCGCGGCGGAGGCUCAAGAAGGAGAACAAAAUGACCUGGGCCCCCCGCAGCAGGACGGACGAGGAGGGCAACUCCUACGGGAGCGACCACGAGGGGGAAGAGGACAAGAGGGAGGACGAGGAGGAGAUCGACCUCGAGAACAUCGACACAGAGAAUAUCGAAAGCAACAAGGACGAGCUCGAGGACGACCUACAGGAUGCCGAUCUCCUGCACUCUGACUCCAAAACGGACUCGGAGGGAUCCGAAGGCUUUGAGGACCUGCCCGGUUCCGAGGAGCGCUACGACAAGGUCUCCGAGGGGGAGCCGCACCACCUCCGCCACCACCACCUGCACCACCACCACCACCAUCACCACCAUCACAAGUGCGAGCUGCCCGCCACGGCCGCGCCCGUCGGCCCGGAGCCCCUUAAGCCGCCGCUCCCGCCGCCGCCGCCCCACCUCUCGCCCCCCUCGUCUGCCUCUUCCUCCGCCGCCUCCUCCCCGACGGACGGCGCUUUGGCCGGCUCCUUGCCGAAACCCAAGAUCUGGUCGCUGGCUGAGACCGCCACCAGCCCGGACAACCCCCGCAAGUCUCCCGGCGGCGGCUCUCCGCCUGCGGCCGCCCCCCAGCCGCUGCCGCUGCCCACCCCGCCGCCCCACAGACUCGUCUCCUCCUGCCCCCUGGGCAAGUUCCCCAACUGGACCAACCGCGCAUUCCCGGCCCACCACCACCACCACCACCCCCCGCACCCGCUGGCCUUACUGAACACUCCCCACCUGCUGGGGCUGGGGGCCGCCUCCGCCGCCCCCCCCGCCGCCGCCUUCCCGCGGCCCGCGGACCAGGCGCAGAGCGCGGAGCCCGUCGGAGCAGAUCGAUCUAGUGCCUUGGAAGUAGAGAAAAAGUUACUAAAGACAGCUUUCCAGCCAGUGCAGAGGCGGCCCCAGAACCAACUUGACGCCGCUAUGGUUCUAUCGGCGCUCUCAUCAUCAUAGUUAAUUUUUUAUUGUUGUUGUAAUAAUUGUAAAAAAAAUCUCUGUAUAGUUACAACUUGUAAGCAUGUCUGUAUAUUCAAACUCAAAAGGAAAAAAAUACCCGCUUCUGUCCUAUCACCUGGAUUAGCUGAGCUGUGAGAUUUUUUUUUUUUUGGAAGUCCAGUGAGAAUUAGGUGUUCCCCCUUUUUUUUUUUGGGUUGUUGUUGUUGUUUGUUUUUGUACAUACCGUAAAAAUGUACAUAUGUGUGAACCAAAUUGUACAAGAAAGUAUAUAUUUUUGGCUAAUAAAUAAACUGUUGCCACUUUGACUACACUCUCGUUUCCCCCUUCUGGAGUUGUUUUCCUCCCGCAGUCCCGC